AUAUAUUAAAGUCUCAUGAACAAACAACAAUCAAACCCAUGUAAAGCUACCCCUUCAUUUGCUCAAAAGAGAUUUCUAUACACAAAAAAAAAAAAAAAAAAGAAGCUUUAAUAAUAUUCUCUACCAAAAGAGUUCUUGCCUGAUAAAAGUCAAAACUGCUCUUCAACUUCUCCAUCUCCAAUGAAUCCACUGGUUUUGCUGCUCUCACAUCUCCUACUCUUCUUCUUCUUCUUCUUGGUUUGGCAGGUUGAAGCUCAAUCUUCCUUUACCCCAGAGAGUUCACAAGAUGUUAUCACAAGCUUUAAACCAAGUCUUGCUGUGGUGAUAGGAAUUCUGGUCAUCAUGUUUGCUUUAACGUUUGUUCUCCUUGUCUAUGCAAAGUGUCGUAGAGACAGGGAUGGUGCCUCUGCUAAUCAUCCUAGACAGGUUGGAUCAAGUUCUCGGUUCUCCGGGAUCGACAAGACUGUCAUAGAGUCUCUUCCUUUCUUCAGAUUCUCCUCUCUCAAAGGCUCAAAACAAGGCCUUGAAUGUGCAGUCUGUCUCUCCAAAUUCGAAGAUAUCGAAAUUCUUCGAUUGAUUCCAAAGUGUAAACAUGCCUUUCAUAUCAAUUGUGUUGAUCAGUGGCUUGAGAAACACUCAAGCUGCCCUCUUUGCAGGCACAAAGUCAAUGCUGAUGAUCCCACCAUUUUCACCUAUUGGAAUAGUAUGAGAUUCUCCGGAGGCCAUUCUGAGCUCCAAGAGGACUCAAAUGUUGAGGUUUUUGUUCAAAGAGAGGAAGAUCUUCCCGGUCCUAAUUCUUCAAGAUUCAGCUUUCGAAAAGUCGAAAAGGAGGGUGGUGGUGGUGGUGAUAAGGAAGAACUUUCAUUAAUCCGAUACCACGAAGAAGAAGAAGAAGAUAAAUCAGUACUGCAUAAGCUCAAUCACCAGAUUAUAGUAUCCGACGUUGUCUUCAAGAACCGAUGGAGCAACGUGAGCUCCUCGGACCUUAUGUUCUUGAAAUCGGAGAUGCUAAAUGACAUGUCAAGCAACAGAUUUGAUUCAUUGGGUUUGAGCAACAACAAUUCAACAACUUCAAGAGGAAUUAAGGAAGAAAUGGAGAUGAAGAGACAAUUUGAGAGGAAAGUCAAUACAGUUAAUAUAAGUAGUAACCAAGUCACAAUCCCAAUCUUACCUUGUACCUCAGAUUCAAGCAUUCUGAGCCCAAAAGACAGAAGAUCAAUGUCUGAUAUCACUGCUCUUUCGCGAUUGGGGAAUUCGGGUAUGAAGAGGAAAAUCAAUGAUUCUGGAAACAAUAAUGUUAAGGAGCAAAGGCUUAGGAGGCUUUGGCUGCCCAUAGCAAGCAGAACAGUUCAAUUAUUUGCCAACAGAGAAACAAGAAGUCAACAAUCUCAUCAUCAGACCACCACACAGCCACCAUUAGAUGUCUAAAUUAGUCUUAAGUUUAGUUUAUGCAUUUUUUUUUUCCUUUUUUACACAGAUUUACAAGAGCUGAAGUUCAUGAGUUCCUGUAAUAGAGUCCCCUGUAGGUAGUUUCAGGGUGUUUUUUUUUUUUUAAAAAAAAAUGAAAGUAAUAUAUAUAUAUUUAUAGCUGUUAUAGCCUGUUCAUCAUUGCACAUGAAAUUUAUGAUUAAAUUUCUUGUCGGUGAAAUCAUAAUGUAAUCCCAGGAAAUAGAGAGAUGACCGACGGUUGUUGAUCGAUUAUUUGUUCUUGUAUAUCAGAUGUGA